AAAAAGGAACUGCUCCACCUGACAAAUCAUACACCUCACAGAAACCCACACGAAAGCACACACAAGCUCUAAUGAACAUUACUGGACAACUCCUCUGGCACACACUGGACUAGGACAAACCCAGAUACAGAGAAUUUCCUCGAGUUUUAAAGAGAUGCAAUAAUGUCUGUGAUGGUCAGUGUACCAACAGCUCUGGAAGGAAACACUGGGAUGAUGCUGGCCAUCAUAGAGAAACAGGACGAGGAGUACGGCUGUCACACAGACAAUAGUGUACAGUUUAUUAUACUAAUGCUUCUCAAAACAGGAAUGGAUGCAGGUGUAUUGUACCUGUGCUGCAGGAAGCUGUAUACUAACUUUUUAAGCAUGUCCAACCUGUCCAUCUUUCUUGCUGAUGUGAUAAUGCUAUUUUCUAUGGCAGUAGUGUUAUCUCUUAAGGCAGAGUAUUCUCAUUUUUCUCUCUGCUUCAUCUUGGCGUUUUUCUCUGCAACAUAUGCAGCACUGCCUCUGCCCACAAUGUGCCUGCUUUUGUUGGACUACUGCUUAGAGGAUACCUGCAGCGGCAAGCAGAGCGCCCUUGGCAAAUGCCUGAGGAACUUGACCAUGACUUUGCUGUUGUGGACAGUGGUUGUUAUUUAUUCCAUUGGAUCAGUGACACCUGAGCUGAUGGAGCUAGAGUAUAAUACAGGGUCAAAGGCUGUGGUGUGUGAGAUCUACGAGUCAAGAGCAGUAAACUACUUUACCGUAGGGCUUUUCUCAGCUCUCAUUUUAGCUCUGUUGCCCUGCUGGCAAAUGAUUCCCCAGUGGAUCAGUGAAGCCAACAGGAUAUCGGAAGCACGAGACAAGAUUCAAGAGAAGCAGCAGAGUGACCGGAUACUCACAAGCGCCGAGACAAAAAGCUUUGUGGCGGAUCCCACCAUACCGCAGCCACCUCUAUGGCUCAGCCUCACACUGGGCUUUGCUGUAUUUUGGAUACCUUACCUCACAGUGUCUGUGGCCUGUCAGCUCUUUGGAUUUGGAGUGCCACCCUAUAUCACCGUUAACCUGCUGUGGGUUCAGUGCACCAACAGUGUAAUAGUGGGUGUGAUGUUCUGGAUACAGAGCAAGACACUGGGGCCAUACAACCGUCUACCUGAAGACGUGUGCUCGUGGCAUGUUUACUGGCACUUGAGCAAGGGAACGCAUGUACAGAAGCUCGCUGUGUUUGACCCAACAAAGAAGAAGGGAAACACCCAUAUCUGUGUCUAAGGAAAAACAAAGAAAAGCUACCAAUAAACCUGCAACUUCACAGGUUUAGAGGCAAUAGCAAAUGGAAACUAUGAGGAAAUUAUGACUGUAAUGCAGCAUGAUACACCACAUGAACCUGAUAUAAGUUUUACUUUUGCACAACGUAGUAUGAUGUUUGCUGCUGCAGAUGCUGAGCUGGGUGUUACUAGAAGAGACGGAAUUAUCUGUAUGCAACUGAGUUCUUAACAGUUUUAGUUUACAAUAAAACAAUGAAUUAUCUACAAAUUGCUUUCUUUAUAAUUUUAUGAGAGCAGUAAUAAUAGAGCAGUAAUAAUCCAUCUUUAAAACCACAUGGUCCCAAGUUGAGAAAGAUAAGUGGAGAGUAUUGAAUAAAACACAAUUUUAAGUUCUGUUUUUACUAUGUCGAAGUUUGCAUGAUAAAAACUACAUGCUGCUCUUUUCGUGUGUUGUAUAAUUUUUGUGGGGCCAAACAAAUUCCACACCCUUCAUUAUACAUAAUGAAGUUAAAAUGUGUUUUUUUUCCCCUGACAGUAGAGCGAGCCUAUAUAGAAGCCCAGUCAAAACAAAAGAAUAAACUGUGAGAUUUUUUUGGUCAUAGUGUCCAGAACUGUAAAAAUGGUUUACCAAGGUAUAAAUGUAUGGCUAGUUGUCAUCAAAAAGCCUCAAAAAGCAAAUGCGGAACUGUCAGUGGGUCAACAGUUUACCUGAAAAAUGUUGCAGCUGACAAAAAGCUACACUGUGAAUGACUUUCCGAAUGUACUACGCAAAUACUUUAUGAAGAAAAGUAGAAAAGUGUGGGUAAAAGCCUGUCUUUUUUGUCAAAUCACCACAAAUGUUGAAUUUUCUGCAUAUUUAUAUUAAUAUACUGCCAAGCAUUUGCCAAAGUGUUCUUCAGAGAAAAGCUUCAAACCCGUAAUGGAAAUUCAAAGAAAGGCAAACUAAUAACCCUGCUGCAUCACAGACUGCUGGAUCACCAUAUCAGGAAGUAAAAUAAGACUUGCAUGUGUAAAUGGUUAACCAAUGCUUGAACUACUGGCUGUCAUUAAAGAGCUCGAUCCUAAUGUCUCCUUCAGUAGCACACAGCAAAGAAUUUAACUACAAAAUGUUGCUAUUAACCAAAGACUGCACUGUCUACAGACUCCUGAAUGUGAAAUUUAAUUUGUAUGCAUAUUGGCUGCAUGGUGCAGAUGUAGAGAUUAAAAAGGAUUUUAAGAAUGAAAUGCAACCCAAUAAAAACUGUUUUUUUUUUGUUUUGUUUUUUAAUCGCAAAGUUAACCUCUGCUGGGUGGGAGAACAUGUUCUAACAUGUUACAGCUGAAUUGUUUUAAUAAAAUAAAAAGAUUGGUGACUUUA